CGAUUGGUCCGCCUACUUGAUCCCAUCUGCAGUAUCGAACUGGACGCUGUAAACAGCGGCGGCAUUCUCAGCAGAGGAACACACACAAUUGAUAAACUGGGAACGACACCGUAGCACGUCUCGCGCAAGCCGGGGGAUAGGAUUUUUAGCUUUGGAAACGCACGGAUUCGUCGGGAAAAAAUGGUAAAAGCCAGCCUUUUCCUGUGGUGCAUCGCGGCCGCACUUGCUGGUGCUUGUGUGCAGGCGGCAAUCGACAUGGAAAUAGAAAACAGGGCCGUCGAUCGCACGAUAGACCUGACUUCGCAAUUGGUGAAAAUUUCCUACAAAAUUACGCUGGAACACAAGUCGAAAAAGCCCAUCGGCACCUACCUGUUCCUAGUGCCCGAAGCGGACCGCGACCGGCUGGCCUUUAUUUCGGCGAAGGAUUCAUCGAAGAAGGAGCUGAAGCUUACGGAAACCACCACCCCGAAGGGAGUGACGUUCAGUAUGACCCUACCGGCCGGUGCAUCGAACCCGGUGGUGUACAUUGAGACCGUCUUCACGAAAUCUCUCAAGCCGUUCCCGUCGUCCAUCGGUCAGAGCGAGCGGCAACUGGUGCAGUACUUUGGCAAUGUCUACGUCUACUCGCCGUAUCCUACGGUGACGCAGAAAACGACGGUCCAUCUGAGCUCGCGCAAUGUGGAAAGUUACACCCAGUUCAAGCCCAGCACCCAGGCGGACAGCACUGUCACGUACGGUCCGUACGAUAACGUGGCAGCAUUCUCGCACGAGCCCAUGACGAUUCACUUCGAAAACUUCACUCCAUUCCUCACCGUGACGCGGCUGGAGCGCACGAUAGAGGUCUCGCACUGGGGCAACAUUGCCGUGGAAGAGACGAUCGACAUUGUCCACUCGGGUGCCACACUGAAGGGAGCGUUCUCGCGCUACGACUACCAGAAGGAUGCCCGCUCUAACCAACCCAGCGUGAAGUCCUACAAAACGCUACUUCCAGCGUCGGCUACCGGCGUUUACUAUCGGGACACGAACGGCAACAUUUCUACCUCGGCUCUACGCACCCUGAAGGAUGCCGUCGAGCUGGAUCUGCGCCCACGGUUCCCGCUGUUCGGUGGCUGGCGCACGCACUACACGCUCGGCUACAAUGUGCCGAGCUUCGAGUAUCUGUUCCAGAACGGUGACAACUUCCUGCUCAAGAUGCGCGUCAUCGAUCACAUCUUCGACGAUAUGGUGAUCGACGAAGUGGUGACGAAGAUCAUCCUUCCCGAGGGAUCGAACAACAUCAAGCUGAUCGCACCGUACUCGAUCCAGCGACACCCGGACUCGCUGCACUACACCUACCUGGACACGUUCGGCCGGCCGGUGAUUUCGUUCAGCAAGCGCAAUCUGGUUGAAAAUCACAUUAACGAUUUCAACCUCAAGUACAACUUUUCGCGCGUCAUGAUGCUGCAGGAACCGUUGCUGGUGGUAGGCUUCCUCUAUGUACUGUUUGUGUUCGUCAUCGUGUGGAUGCGGUUGGACUUUUCCAUCAUCAAGGAGAAGGAGCCACAUCAGCACAAGGAUUAGAGAGCGAUGGAAGGCUUUCUCCAUUGCCUUUUCCCUUUGCUUCUCUCACACAUUCUCUCGAUGCACACUCGGUCGGAUAAGGUGUCCUGUGUUGUUCCUCCUUCGUUAGAAAAAAAUUCCCUCGAUAGGCCACCAACCAACUUCUGAAGCCGUCGAAAAUGAGUCACGCGUUAAAUAGUUUGAAUUUAGCCGCUGGAUAGCACAAGUGCACGACUGAAUUGCGUUUCAUGGAACUGAACGAUCGAUCGAUCGAUCGAUCGAGCGAACAGCGCCAAUUAUCCCGACUUCCGUUCAGCUUACGAGGUGCAUCACUUUCAUUCUAUCUGAACAAAGUAGACGAAUAAAAACAAACCACAAAAUACUGAAA